GUUGUGCUACAGAUUUCAAACAUUGCAUGGAAUCACUGUACCGAGUGUAGGAGGAACUUUCAGUUCGCAGUGAAGGAAUAUGUUUUUAAAUAUAGUUUGACCCUCAUAUUUUAGUUAAUUGUCUUGUUUGCGUUAUAUUAUUCGAUGAAUAUGUGGUAGUGCCCAAUAUUGGUGGUUAAGUGUUUGUAUUUUAAAGGUGAACCCGUGACUAGCACACGCGUGUGGUUUAUUUCCAAAAGAUUUUUAUAAAUAUAAAAGGACAUUAUUUGCGAAAACUGACAAUGAAGAUAAAAAUUAACACAGAUUUACUCCCUGUCAAAGGGCAGUACUUUCUGUUCAACGCCGGUACAGCUCCAGUGGUGCCUUACUUACCAACGUAUGCCCGACAGCUUGGAUUCUCCAGUGUAGUUGUUGGUUUAAUCUACACGAUACUGCCAAUUAUGGGAAUGCUCGCCAAGCCAUUACUUGGUGCUGUUGCAGACCAUUUUCGACGUCAGAAAAUGAUGUUCAUUCUCUGUGAAGUACUUGUUUUAGUAACGUUUUUUACUAUACAGUUCAUACCAGAAGUACCUGUCGAAUCAAAAUCUGUAGCAAUAUUCGACUGUGGAGAAGGGGAAUCAUUCAUUAAUGUGUGUGGUAACAAAUCUUCAGACCAGUGUGAUGCAGAACGUAUUACAGAAGAUGGUAGCUCAGGUGCUCUUCAUUGUGAGAUGGCGUGUAGUGUAACAAACCCUGCAAUAUUUUCAGAUAUCUGUAUGUACUGGAAUGUGUCAGACUAUUGCAAGAGUCAAAGGCUAAGAAGUGGUGUACUUGCUAAUGACUCUCUCCAUAUAACAGCUGUGGCAAGCUUAAAUCACACAACUUCUGUGUAUUCUUGUUUUUACUUCCCUGUGCAUAAAGUAAAAACCAUGAACAGUGAUGUGUUAAAUCCUUCAUGCAGUGCUGUGAGACAUUUGAAAUGUGACACAUAUUGUAACAAUACUGUGAUUAAUAAUAUGAUAACUGUAAAUGAAGAAAUUGCAGAUGUUGCUGGUCUUUACCAGUUUUGGCUGUUUUUCCUCCUCAUGAUUUUGAGUUGGGUUGGCAUGGCAGUUGUAGUAAGUGUUGGAGAUGCCAUAUGCUUUGGAAUGCUGGGUGAUCAGCCAUCAAACUUUGGUCAGCAGCGUUUAUGGGGAGCUGUUGGUUGGGGAACGUUUUCAAUCUUAGCUGGCAUUUUAGUUGAUGAGUUUAGCAGGGGUCAAACGAAGAAAGAUUAUACAGUUGUGUUUUAUAUAUUGCUUGUGAUGAUGGCACUGGAUAUUUUGGUCUCCUCACGCCUUAAGUACACCCAGACUAAGCUGUCUGCUAGUAUUAUUCGAGAUGUUGGGAGGCUUUUCACGGAAAUCCGAAUUGUUGUCUUCUUGAUAUGGACUAUUGCUGUUGGUCUGUGCACUGCUAUGGUGUGGCAGUUUUUGUUUUGGCAUAUAGAAGAUCUGGCAAAAAGUAGUGGUUGUGAGACGUAUGAAUGGGUCAAAACACUACAAGGUUUAAUAAAUGGAGUCCAGAGUUUUGGUGGAGAGCUACCAUUUUUCUUCCUCUCAGGGCAUAUAUUACGCAAGAUUGGCCACAUACAUGCAAUGUCUCUUGUUUUACUGGCAUUUGGAGUGCGCUUUAUUCUGUAUUAUUUUCUUACAAAUCCAUGGUGGUGCUUGCCAAUUGAACUUUUCCAAGGUCUUACAUUUGGAAUAUUUUACUCAGCCAUGACUUCAUAUGCAAGUAUUGUUUCACCACCUGGAACAGAAGCAACAGUGCAAGGUCUUGUUGGUGCAUCAUUUGAAGGAAUAGGAGUGUCCAUUGGAAGUUUAAUUGGAGGUGUACUGAUAGAUCAGUAUGGUGGAGCAGAUACUUUCCUUAUAUUUGGUAUAGGUUCACUGAUAUGCUUCGUUUUGCAUGUAAUAGUUCAGUUCUGGCUGGGAGGAAAGUCAGAUAAACUCCCUGAAAUUGGAGGUGUUAUAUCAAGAAGUGGAGUAACAGCAGAUAGUCCAUCAUCACCAGAAAGAAUAUUGAAGUGAUUCUGAAAGCCCAAGAUACGCUGCACCAAGUGAGGCAGUGAUGAUGCUGAGUGAUCAGCAGGAAGCACCAGUUUCAUGAGUGAUGAGUGCUGCGCUGUGCGUUGAGAAGAUAUGGAGCCUACUUUUAUAAGCUUGAGGCAUCUUAUUGUGCUACUGUCUGUUGUCUCUGAACAGUUUAUUUUUAUAUGGAUAAUUCCAGAUGAUGAUGGACAUCACAUUAUAGACAGUGAGAUGCCAACGACUUGUAAUGGGUAUUUAUUUCAAGUCAGGACUGUAAGUUCAUUAACGGUGAAACAUUUUAUAAUAGCUGUUGUUUCUGCAACAACAACAAAAAUUUUAUCUUGACUAGCGGUAUAGAUGAAAGAUGAUCCAAAGAAUGCACUGUGUGUGGUAUCUUAGUUUUUGUAUAUACCUUCAGGUUCAGUAUGAAAAUAAGAACUUCAAAUUUUUCAUGACAUAUAACAGAAAUGUCAGCAUUAAACAUAAAUGAAGAAAAGAAAAUCUACUCAUAUAUUUUUCACAACAUGAACAAUGUCCCAAAAAAUGGGUGGAUGUUUCCAUAAAUUCUAGACAAGAACAUAGUGCAUGUGCUGACACCAACUGUUUUUAAAGAAACAAAACGGGUAAUAGUUUGUCAACUUUCCUUGUCAUUCUCAUAGUCAUUCACCUUGUCAUGACUGAAAAAUGCAUUGUCCUUAUUUUUAACAUGAACAUUGGAAUAUGUGGGUACAAUUGUACUUAAUUGAAGCAGUAUGUUCUUCAUGGAAAUUGAUUUGGUUGCUACUUGUGAUAUUCAUGUGUAAAAACUGUUUUAAAGUACAGGAAUUAAGCUCUCUUGCACACUGCACCCAGUUAUAUGUGCAUAAUAUUGUUUUGUUUUCUUCUUUGUUGUAAAUUUUUGUCAGUUCUUAUGUGUGCAGUAUAGCACAUAGGUCUGGUGAUACCUUGUCAUAUUGGCCAGUAGUUAUCAGGAAAAGGUUGCUCAGAUUUUCUAAGCUUUUGUUUUUCUAACCUUCACAAACAUGCAAAUCAUCCAGUGUAAUAUAAUAUAGAUAAAAAAUCUACUUACCAAUCAACAACAAUAAAGAGAGUCUUGUAUAAGCAACAGUUCACUUUUGUGCCUUUUUAUCCCUAACCCAGUGUCUAGGCAAUCUUCUUUGCUUUAUGAUUGUCACCGCCAUCAUUCAACCCUUUGCUCCCUGGUGGGAAAUGAAGAAUAUUCUAUGUACAAAUGUGUAGUUUCAUGACAAAGUAUACUGAUAAAAUUUUCAUGAGAUUUCAGCUGUGUCAGGUGGUUGAAUAUCUAUAAGGUUUCAGCUUAGUGCUCCUUGGCCAAAAGAUUGUGGCUAUUCAAUCACUCAAUGUGACUGAAAGUCAGAGAAAAUUUUAUCAGAAGACUACUGGCACUCUCCAUGUGAAAGCUGACGUUUCUUAGUAACAGUUUGUCUGAAACUUUCCGUUGCCAUGUGGUAAGUAGAUUUUUUUCUGUGUGUAUUCAUGGAAGUACUAUAUUAGAAAGACUUUUUGUGGAUAAUGAGUUCAGUUAUAUUUCAAGUCGUCAUUAUAACCAAGUUCCAAAUUGCAUGAAUGUUGACAGUGAUAAGGAGCUGGAGAAGAGCAAUUGUAAGCAACCUCCUUUAGAAAAGUGGUAACUUUUAUCCAGUGUUAAAACAGGGUGUUGCUGUCAUGUGUAAUGGAUAAUGCAACUAACAUAUUUAUAAUAUUUGUGAUUUUUCAGUUGAGUUCAUUUAGUUUUGCUCAUAGGCAAAUUCUUAAGACAUUUCCCCUAUUAGCUCUGCAAAAUUCAGUGUCAGUUUAAGGAUUCCUAAAAAUAAAAAACUAUGUGGCUGUCCUUUGUGUGUGGUCAGUUUUCAAUUCAUCUCUACAUGACCAUUCAAUCCAAUUGACACAAUACAAAAACGUAAAAAUUUGGAAGUUUAAUAAAGUCUUUUUCCUUAACGUAAUGAGGUGUUCAGAGAAGGAUGGUAUGGGGUAUAAUGACUGAAGGGAUGUGGCUUCACUCAUGAGAAACUGUAAGUAAAAAGAAAUAGUAACCAUACCAUGAGAUUAAACUGACCUGCAAUGUUUGUGAAUUCAAAAAACAUUUUCUGUAAAUGAAGUUGUAAUUGUUUCUCCAAGCAUAAGGAAGAGCCAGUCCAGUACCUGUGAUGUACCAAAAAUUGCUUUAUCACUCAUUCUCCUUUUAAAAAAAUUGAUAUUUCUUAAAAUAAAUAGAAUAGAGCAUUCAGCAAUGACACUAAGUUGCAGUUAUGUUAUAGCCUGUCAUAACAGGACAAGAAAAUGCACAUAAUUAGUCACAGAAUCUUUUCACCCUUCACUUGGCUCUCUAUGUUUGAAGGAACACUUUUUCAAGAUUUUAAUGAGUUAAAAUUUUGUUGUUAUUUGUACCUAUGUAAGCAAAAGCAAUUUGCUGCUGAUAGCAGGAUGUCGAGGAAUUCAUAAGUGAAAAAUGCUUCAGUCAAGAAUAAUUUUAGUGAGCUUUUAUACAAGACAUGCAGAAUGCACAUAGACUACAAUUAGUUUUUUGCCAUAGAUGAAGUACUGUGUCAGAUUUAAUGCUGUCUGUGAGCAUGAAAAAAUAUCUGUUCGUGAACAAGAAAAAAUAUCUGUUCGUGAACAAGAAAAAAUAUUUGUGUCUUAUUUCUGUUAUAAGUCAUUAGCAAUUAUACACCGUUUACAUAUAUUGAAUCUAAAUGGAGUAUGUUAAAUUGCACUGACAUCCAUUGUUGGCCAUAGGUUUCGCUGCUAUAUUUUGUUCAGUUACAAACAAAUAUGCAUGUAAACUACAGAGAUCUAAUAGUAACACAUUUCAUUAAGCUUUUAUUCCUUUUUUUACACAGAUGUGGGCCGUAUGAAAGUAAGAGUAACAAUUUUUAAAAUGUUAAUUUUUAGAAAAACCAAGUACAUAAUUUUAAUUUACACACUUUCUGCCACUUUUCAACAGUCUCCAUUCCUGUCCACAGAUUUUUCCAUCAUGCAAGUUUGAAAGUACUCUUGUCAUAGAACUGUUCCAAUUUCUCAAAGACUAACAAACAAAAUACAAAAUAUAGUGGUAGUCAGUGGGUGCCAAGUCAUGACUGUAGGGAGGAUGUAGAAGAGUUUCUUCACCCAAAUAUCCUGACAUUCUCCACAGCGAAAGAGCAAAAUGAGAAAGUGUGUUAUCUUGGUGCAGGAUGAUCUUCUCAGAGCUUUUACCACAGAGCGCACAAUGGAGCUUCAAAAGUCUUGAUAUAGUGGGCAACAUUUAUGAUUUGGCCAGAUUCAAGAAACUGAAUCAGAAUGCAACCCUGUUCAUUCCAGAUGACAGUGCCCGUUACUUUCCCAGCAGAAGUCACUGCUCUGUGUCCUACUGCAAGAUUUGGCAUGAUUUCAUUCACUGUAACACACCUGUCUUCUCUAACGCAUCCAUCAACCCUUUCCUUGUGUCCCAUGGAGGUAGUUCAAGGAUGAGUACUACAUGGCUCAUCUUGGAUGCUUAUGUUUCCAACUUGGAAAUGUUUCAUCCAUCUCCUAACACUGUUGGCUUACACCCAUGCAGACAUCUCCAUACAUACAUUGAUGUCUGAUAAGAAUUUCAGCAGCAAAUUUUCCCAUUUUAAUGAGGAAUUCAGUGACAGCAUGUUGUUGAAACAAAACAUUGAUGUCAGCCAUUUUAGAAGUACUUCCCCUGGUUGCUCGAUAGAUCCUAAUGAUAUGCAACAUGUGGUGUAAAAUCUGUAGAAUUCAAUCCUGUUGUCAUUUUGGUUACUUUGUUUACAGAUGCUAAUGAUAUCACAAUAUGGUAGCAUGAGGUGUAAAAUCUGUAGAAUACGAUCCUGUAGUCAUUUUGAUUACUUUGUUUGCAGAUCAGCAUAAGUCACUAGUGUUUACAGAAAAUUUUUGGUUAUGUAGCAUGAGUCCAAGAAAACAUGUUUACAAAAUUGCAACUGUCAUAUUAAGUAUGGCAGAAGGCCUGUAAUAAGUGGAUUUUUGUCAUCACUCAAUGGAUAUAACAAAAUGCAAGUGUUUGCAAAAGCUAAUGUAUGAUGCCUACCUAUCUCUGAACCCUCUUUCACAGAGACGAUAAUGAAAAAAAAAAUAAUAAUAAAUAAAUAUGUUUAUGACUCAUGUCUCUUUCUACAAACUGUGUGUCUCUGGACUUAUUAUGUUUUAAAACAUUAUAACUGUAAAUUUAUGUUAUAACUACUUACUGAAAAAUUUAAUGAUGCAAUACUUCGUCAGUAGUUUGUUCUUCUUUCACAAUGACGUGGAUGAUUUUGCUUGUAGAGUAUCUGAAGGUUGCUUCCAUGAGAUGGUUACACACAAUUGAAAACCAUAAAUCACCAGAUUUCUUUUCAUGUUUUUCAUAAAGUAGACCUAUCCACUCUGUCAAGAACCUAUUCUGUAGACGAUACUCAAUGAAAAAAAAAAAAAGUAGAAUAGAUAUACCUUCUUGCCAAUUGAAUAUAAAAUAUUCUGUUUUUAUUUUGUAAUAGUUUAAAGUAGCUGUGAUAUCCUUUUUUAAGUGUACCUACUUCAGUGAACAAAGAAUGUGGUGGCAAUUAGUAUGUGAUGCCGUAGUAUUAUCAGUAGUUAACAGACUUGAAGAAGUAGUUGGUGUAAUUUUAGUGGAAAACAUUAAACACCUUUACUCACUGAUCCUGUGAUAUUGCCAAAGAAUCAAAAAGAUCAGAGAUGGGCUCUAAUAGAAAAAUUAUAAUUUAAUAAUUGGUUGUCAAUGUUCCUGUUGUCACACACUAAAUGUUAAAAUAUUUAUAUUUUGAAUUAGAUGUUUUGUAUUUUUGUAAAUAAAUUGUUUUUCAAACAG